CGUCCUUUCCUGGGCUGGCUCCGGAGCGGGGUGGAGGUGGUUACUUCGCCCGUGCCCCUCGCGGGGCUCGCCCGAACUCAUCCCGCCGGCAGCGCUCUUGCCCGCUUAAGAGGGGCGGGAAGCGUGCCGGUCAGCUCCAACCCCGCCCCGCCUCACCGCUUUUCCAAAGGCAGAAGACUUUAUUUUGUUUCCCUCUUCUCUCCCCCUGCUCCGCCGCUUUCCUCGCUUUUCUCCAAACUAGAGAUGAGGCGGAUGAGUCGAAGGCUGGCGUUGUCUGUCCUGGGGAUCUUGUGGAUCGCCGCUCUCCUUCUCUUUCUCGGGGCCAGGAGGAAGUUGGAAGCGGCGGGCCCCGAAGGAGGGCAGACGCCAAAGGAUUCCGACAUUGAUUGGGAUGAUCUUUGGGAUCAAUUUGAAGAAAGAAAAUAUCUGAGUGUUCGGCGAUGGAAAGGUGGAGAGGACCCAUAUCGAUUGUAUGCCUUUAACCAACGGGAGAGUGAACGGAUGCCUAGUGACCGUGCCAUCCAUGAUACUAGGCACCACAGGUGCACUACAUUACACUAUCGUACAGAUCUGCCACCAACUAGCAUCAUUAUCACCUUCCAUAAUGAAGCUCGGUCUACACUGCUGAGGACGAUAAGAAGUGUGCUGAACCGAACCCCAGUGUACCUGGUCCACGAAAUCCUAUUAGUAGAUGACUUCAGCGAUGAUCCGGAUGAUUGCCGUUUGCUGAUCAAGCUCCCCAAAGUGAAAUGUCUGCGCAACAGUAGAAGAGAAGGUUUGAUCCGAUCCCGCAUUCGAGGAGCAGAUGUGGCCCAGGCAGGGGUUCUUACCUUUCUAGACAGUCACUGUGAAGUGAACAAGGACUGGCUGCUCCCGCUUUUGGAGAGAAUCAAAGAGGAUCCAACCCAUGUAGUGAGUCCAGUUAUUGAUAUCAUCAAUUUGGACACCUUUGCUUAUGUGGCAGCUUCUUCAGAUCUAAGAGGAGGAUUUGACUGGAGUCUUCAUUUUAAAUGGGAACAACUUUCUCCAGAGCAAAAAGCCAAGCGAACAGAUCCCACAGAGGCCAUCAAGACUCCUAUCAUUGCUGGGGGGCUUUUUGUGAUUGACAAGGCCUGGUUCAACCAUUUGGGAAAAUAUGAUGCUGCAAUGGACAUCUGGGGUGGAGAGAAUUUUGAAAUCUCUUUCCGAGUGUGGAUGUGUGGCGGGAGCUUGGAAAUCAUCCCCUGCAGUCGGGUUGGCCAUGUCUUCCGGAAGAAGCACCCUUACAUCUUCCCAGAAGGAAAUGCCAACACUUAUAUAAAAAACACUAAGCGCACGGCGGAAGUGUGGAUGGAUGAAUAUAAGCAAUACUAUUACGCAGCUCGGCCUGCAGCUCAAGGGAGACCAUAUGGAGACAUUCAAAGCAGAAUGGAACUGAGAAAGACCUUGAAAUGUCACACAUUCAAGUGGUAUUUGGAAAAUGUCUAUCCAGAGCUUAGAAUUCCUGAAGAAUCACUGUACCAGACAGGAAUGAUUCGGCAGAGACAGAGAUGUCUGGAGUCCCAGAAAAACGAAGGGCAGGAGUUUCCAGUGGUGAUCUUAAACCCCUGCAUCACCAGCAAAGGUGCAGCAGCAGCAGCACAGGAAUGGAUAUAUACAUAUAACCAGCAAAUCCAUUUUCAACAGUUAUGCUUGUCCAUAUAUACCCUCUUUCCAGGUUCCCAGGUGAUGCUUUUGCCUUGCAAAGAAGGGGAUGGCAAGCAGCGCUGGAAUAAAGUUGGUUCUCAUAUUGAGCACAUGGCUACCCGCUAUUGCCUGGACACAGAAAUGGUGGGAGAUAGCAGUGAGAGCAUGAGAGAAGUGGUCAUUAACCCAUGUGAAAGCACAGCAAUGAGUCAGCGAUGGGAAAUGGUGAUGUCCUGAUCUCAUCUAUCAAUUCACCAUCAAGCUCAUCUGGAAGGACCUUUGUCAGAAACUGGCAAGGCUGUUGUCCAGUUUAGGGAUUGGUAUGGACUUGCUUUUCUGUGGGGCAGGUCAAAGAAAAAGAACAUGCAGUUGUGCUGAGGUUGAAGAAAGGCUCACAGCUGCUGCUUUUAAGACCAGAGUAGUAACUAUCCCAGGUUGGGGGUGAUAUGUGUGUACUGUUAAGAACACCACAAUUUAAUCUAGAAAUAUAUUUUGGUAACAUUCAUUUGUUAGCUGAAGCAAAAUAUGACCUUGUUUUUGAGAAGGAAACUUUCUGAAAUUGAGAAGUGCAGAAUUGAAAUGUCUUUGUUACAAAGGUUAUUGAAAAUCCUUGAAAAAUAAUAAGUGAGCAAGGUGAUUCUAAUGGAAGAAAGAUGGAGAAAAGAGAAGCUAAAUCCUGUAAAAGCACAUGCAUGGUCAUGGUGGGAAAGAUUAGAAAAGGCCAACAAAUCCUGCACUUUGAAUUGGUAAUAACGAAGCACAUCUCUGAAUAAGUUUGAAAUACACUAUAUUGCACUUGAGAAUUUGAAUGUGAACCCUGUUUUUGUGCAAUAGAGAUUGUAUGUAGUGUGAUUAAAAUCAAUGUAUAUGUGAGAAGGGGAGGGAAACAGAAGAAGAAAGUGAAAUAUUGAACUUUUCUUCAACUCUGAUUAUGUGUGUAUGAAGGAAAAAGAGGAAAUAUUUAUCCUAAUUUCAGUGCAAAGUUUCUUU